AAUGUAAUAUGAUCAGGGGGGGUGAGACGGGCCAGGGUGUCCCCGGCAAGGAUUAGGAUAAUGCAGAGGGUGGAGGCGACGUCGAGGGUCAACCGGGUGUUUUUCGUGGUUUUUGGGUCAUGGCUGGUACUCGGUGGGUACACCCGAGGGGACCCGGACCCCCCGGAGUUCACGACGGUGGAGGACAUGACAGGACGAGGGUUGAAAAAGUUUGGGGAUGAAUGCAGGGAGGACCGGGAGUGUGGGUUCGCCGGGUCCUUCUGCGACCCCAGGAACCGGAAGUGCUUCUGCCGAGAGGAGUUCAGUGCUACGAAUCACAUCGACAAAUGCGGACAUCCUGUCAAUGUCAACGAGUCCUGCUUCUUCACCGAACAGUGUGAACUCAAGGUGCCCCAGACAGAGUGCAGGGACAGCAGGUGCAUCUGCAUCUUCGAGAAAAUCCCUGUCAUGAACCCCAAUGGCAUCAUCGAGUGUCUGGCUGAAGUGAAGGAGCAGGAGAAUCUCAGAUACGUUGAUCCAGCGAUGAUCGGGAUCCUGGUGGCGAUGGCCCUCAUGUUCAUCAUCAUUUGUGUCGUUCUUCGACUCUUCAGCAAGGCACGUUGGCGUGAGAAUCGAACCAUCUUCAACACUCCCAACGCUCGUCUGAUGAACGUUUCACUUCUUCGUGACAACAACAAGCUGCUGCAUGCCCAGGAGCGAAGGGGCUCACGAGCGAGUCAACGUGGCCCUUCCCGCCAGCCCUCGAUGGCAUCCUUAAGGGCCCAUUCACCCAAUGGGUCCCAGCAAGGUGGGAAAAAUCCCCAGCGAGUCAACAGGUCUCGUACAGGUUCACGUCGUGGAAGUCGUGGAAGUAGUGGCAAUACAUCAGCUGUAUCAGCACCUGGUACGAGGCCAAGUAAAUCACCACCGAAUAACACAACUGGUCUUGCUGAUACCGUACACGAGAGUAUAACUGUGGAAAUAACAGAAGCUAAAGCGUAAAUCAAUCGAUUGUUCAACGUAUUAUCGAAAUUAGGAGAAUCCCAUAACGUUGGAUUAAUUAUUGGGUCUUAAUUAGGGUCGAAAGUCGAGAAAUUACGAUGAUUUCUGCAUCAUUUCACUCAUUAUCACGAAAUACUGUAGGUCAACUUGUCCUGGCGAUUGUUUAAACAUUUCCAGAAGACGUUUCUUCAGUCGAAAAAAUUUAAACAAUUUUUUUUUCAAUAGUUGACAGUUCUCUUCGUAAAUUAUGAUUUUUAAAAUUUUUUUUGGGGUUAAUUAAGCGUUAAUUAACGCAACUCGACGUCGAGAGGGAAUUUAUGGGAAUGGGAUAACGUUUGCGAACCAAAGUAUUAAAUUAAAUAAAUAAAUAACAAGUGGAGAUUGCAAAUAAAUCAGCUCAUGAGAUUCGCAACUUCACGUGUGAAGAGAAGAAAAAUUAAUUAGCGAACGGGACCACACGAUAAAGUUUCCAAUCAGCGAAAUGGAGAAGUGAGAAGUUGAUAAUUGUCUAGACAGCCACUUGAUACAUCUCUAUCCCUUGAUAAUUAUCAGAUAAACUAAUUUGCACAAUUAGGUAGAUUAAUUACAGCACAAAUGCUCCCUUCGCUAUAAAUAAAUAAUCAUGAGUGAUAAUCACAACUCAAGUCCUCUUAUUGAUAAUUAUAAACAAUGAAAUUACCUGAAUCAAUAGAAAAUCUAUCGAAUUAUGGAGAUUAAAUUGAGGUAGAUAAUUGAGAUUGUAAUUCAAUACACGAUUAAUUAAUUAUUAGAUUAAUUAUUCAUGAAACUCUGCAAAUUUAGUGCCUAUGCUGUCGCAUAAAUAAUCAUUAACGAUUAAAAAAUUAAAUAUUAAUACAAAAAUAACUCUUAAAGGAGGAACAAUGCUUUCAGCUGAAUGUCAUUGAACUAACUCACCUUGAAAUUAAAUUAUUAAUUAUUCAAGGGACAAAUUAAAGGGAUUAAACUGCUACCGAACAUUCAUAAUAACAAUUAACGAUAAAGCCUAGCGACUGUGCUAUUCUGUGAUUGUAAAAUGCUGUCAUAAAAGUUUAAAAUAAUCUCUAACCUACAAUUAGCAUUUGAUUGACGAUAAAAUCUUGUGGAUAAAAUUUUAAACAAAAUUAUGAUAACGAGGUAUGGCCUGAUAUCGAGGGACAAUUAGGGGAAGAUUAUCCCUCGGUAUUCGCCAAUCAGACGAUCAACUCUGGGAAUCGACCACACGUAGUCUAGCCACCAAUGUUUAUUGGUAAUUUAGUUAACGCUAGAGUGAAUUUAUUGAUAAUUAAAUAGUUGAACUCUCUAUCCCUUGGCUUAGAGCUGAGUGUCAAUGGCACUCCCUUUUUUACCUCUUUUUUACUCUUUCAAAGAAUGAAAAAAGUGAAAAAAAAUGUAGAAAACACUCAAAGUCGUGUUUGUAACAAAAUAAUUCACAAAUCGAUAGAAAUCAGUGACUCAGUGACUCAAGGAUUUACCACAUCUUCAGCACUCGAUUGAAACUUAACAUUAUUUUUCAUUAUCUCUAGAAUUAAUUCACGAGGAGGGGGUAGUCCGGCAUCGGGGAAGCGCUUGGACUACUCUUUAUCGUGAAUGAUACCAAAAAGUAAUCAAAAAACUAUUUUAUUGAAUCCUAACCUCAAAAUAAUUUAACCUCAUUUUCUUGGAUGAAAUUUGUUGGUGACGAGUCAAGAAGAGUUUAUUCUGCUUUUAUAGUCGUUAAAAGUCUAAUUCGUUACGCUGACGAUCAUUAAUGAUUAAUUAGUUGAUGCUUUAUGAGGUGACGAACAGAAUUAUAGUAAUUAAUUGCAAAGCUGCUUAUUUAUUAUUAAAAAAAUCCUUUUAUCGUUCCUGAUAUUUUACAGACAAAGUGAUACAUUUCACUUUGUCACACCCAAUUAUUCUCUCGUAGUAAUUAAUUUCCGUUGUACUCGACAGUAAUUACUGAGUACAACAUUUCAAUAUUAAUUAUCGUAGCUUAAUUAUCUCAUUAAGAUGAUAAACAUUUAUUAAAUUUGACUUAUCUGUAAUGUCUUUGCUAUCUGAAUUCAUUUUAAUAAAAUUAUCUUACACUGGA